AGCUGCAGCUUUCAUGGCCCCCGUAGCAGAUGGCCGCUCAUUGGUAUAUUAAUUUACACACCAAUCGUGGACCUCUUUCCUCCAUUUUUUGUUCUUUGGAAUUACUGAUUUACAGCAUAAGGAAAAGUUGAAGAAGAGCCUGGAAUCACUUCUCUCUCGGAUAAAAAAAAAUGGGAGGAUUCUUCUUUGCUCAGAGAAAGGGAAGAAAGCCUGCCCUGGUCGGGGUCGCCGUGGGAACUGGUCGGAGCGGACGACAAGGAGCUCGUUGACUCUGACGCGCCUUCUUCUUCCCAGUUUCAUUUGUUCGUUCGCAUUGGUAGGCAACUUAUAUCCGGUCAAGCAACUUGUGAAUCUACUGUAGAAUCAGCUAUAUAUCAAGGCAAGACAACUAUUUUCUAUUCAAGUUCAUGGCUCAUAGUUGCGAUGAGGUUAAACAAAGUAUAUUGCUAUUGGAAGAAUCACUUGAAGGUGAUGUUCCCACUUCUACAAUUACAACAUUCCAUGCGAUUCAUGGUGGUGGCCCUGAAAAGCCCUAUCUUCAAUAUGGCUAUAUGCCUUUUCUGGACCGAAUGAAUGAACUGCCGUCCAAAAGUGAAUGGCUUGAGACAAAGGGAUCAUCAUGUAUGUUAAGUAAGCUAGGUAGACAGACAUUUCAAAAGCUGUUUGAAAUGGUAUCCUUGUGUCACACGGGGAACAAGUGUUUUACUGGUAAGUUUGAAUGUGAGAAUAUCAUAUACUUACCACCGGCAGAUGCUUACAUGAUUGAUCCCUAUGUAAAUGCGCUGGCUGUGGAUUUCACCCCUAGUGGAUAUAAGGAUGACAUUAAAGCUUUGGGUAAAGUACUUGAAAAGGUGUGCAUGAUGAAACUGGAUUCUUCACAAGAAAAGAUAGCUUAUGUUGCCCAUUUGCUGAAAACUAUGAGGGAAAUGCCAUGGGGUGCUGAGUCAUCUCAAACAUUCAAGGCGUUCAUCAGAAAUCACCCUUGUAUGAUGUCAUCCUCCAGUCGACAAGGACUUAUAUUGGAAGUGCAUAGAUACAUCAAGUUUCAACACGAUGAUUCAAUGGACCCCGUUCUACAAUCUCCGUAUACCUGGGGUUGGAUCGCUGAAUGUGAUCGUGACUUCAAUCCGGUAUACCUCUAUAACUGGCGGCUAUGGCCACCGAGGGGGGCUGCAUAUUAUGAGAAUGAAUGGUCAUGGUUUACUUUUUGCCGGAAUUUCCUUUCACAUCCUAAACAAAAUCUGACCAUACAAGAGGUAGAUAUUGCCAUAUGGUGGUACUUUGAUGAGCAUUUAGCGGACUUCCUGUGCCGCCUUUCCUGCACACAUGAAUUUAAAGUUAACAUUUUUGAUAAAGAUAGUUUUUGCACGCACCCUGCAAAAUGGGAAAGGUACCAGUGCGUAUUAUAUUAUGAGCAAGUCCCAAACCUAGAGUAUUCUACAGAAGAGUCAGAGUACGAGCACGAGGAAGAAAAGCCAGAGUAUGCUGAAGAAGAGCCAGAGUAUGCUGAAGAAGAGCCAUCACCCGGCCAGAUCCGGUGGCUUGGGCUCAGAAAAAGCAUCUUCGUAUGAUAAUAGCAAAAGGUUUUAUCGAGUUAAUACAACACGAGUGUAUACAAGAAGAACAGACAAGACGUGAAUUAAUAUGGUAGAUGAGCAGUGAGGUGGCAUGCACCCGCGUGCGCGCGACGAGGGGGCGAACAGAGAGGGGGGAGGCGGUGGCUCACCAAAUGCAGAGGCCGGGGGCAAUCCUACUUUUCUAAAAAAAAAGCGAAUGAUGUGUCUACUGAGAUGAUGCCUACAAACGUUGUGUAUACUGAGUUACUAGUUCCAGCAUGAAUAAUUUGUAGUUACUAGUUCCCUGGAUAUACAUUUCACCUAUUAGAGUAAUUGUCAGUGUAUGAACAAUUGUUCCGAUGAUAUAGCACUCAUCUCAAAUGCAGGGAAUCUUUA